GGCGCGGCGGCGGGGGAGGGGCGGCUCCUCAGGGCUGGCGGCGGCGAAGAUGGCAGAUUUUUUGAAAGGAUUACCAGUCUACAACAAAAGCAACUUCAGCAGAUUCCACGCGGAUUCUGUGUGUAAAGCAUCUAAUAGAAGACCAUCGGUAUAUCUUCCCACGAGAGAAUAUCCAUCUGAACAAAUCAUAGUAACAGAAAAGACAAAUAUACUGUUGCGUUAUUUACAUCAGCAGUGGGACAAAAAGAAUGCAGCAAAGAAGAGAGAUCAAGAGCAAGUGGAAAUAGAAGGUGAGAACUCGGCACCGCCACGGAAAAUCGCUCGGACAGACAGCCAGGACAUGAACGAGGACACUUAAACUCUUGCCUUUCUCCUCUAUUACUUUGCAGGCGCUUCCUGUUUUGUCUCCAAGUGUGUACAUUUUACCCCUUGCCCCUCUCUCUCUCUGUCUCUUCCCCCUUCCACUACACAGCCCAAACCACUUCUGACUUUCAGGAGCCAAUGUAUUUAUUUUUGUCUUUGGGUUUUUCCUUCUCCCCUCCUUUGGUUUCCUUGUUGUUUUUAUUUAUGCCGUAAAACUUAGGGAGCAGUGGUGGAACAAUCCAGUAAACCAUGGAGGAGAACUUUAGUUCCUCCUUUCUAAAAAAAACCAUACACUGUCACUUUCAGGGGUUUUGUUGAAUCUGUUACCAACCAGGCCCAGCUCUGGGCUCCUGACUCAGGGCUGUGGGGGGACUGCAGAGCCCUUCCGUGCCACAGCCUCACCUACUAUCUUCUUGAUGUCUCCAAACCCAAUAUGUGGAGGCCUCACUGUUUUUUCUUUUCCUCUCCAAUAUUCUGAAACUGCACUUCAAAACAAAUCCUGAGUGUCCUUUUAGGGUUAUGUUGAGCUUAGCAAAUGUGUUGUCAACUUGAUCUCUCAGCUGUAUCCUUUCGAGUCCGUGCCGGGAGGGCUGCGGAGGAUUCAGGUGGAAGGUUGUGUGUGUGUGUGUGUGUGUGUGUGUGUUGCUUUGGUUUGCUCUUAAAUUGGAACCCUCUCUCAAAUGGACUGAGAAAUGUGUGCAACUUCUCCAUUGGAAUGAAAGGAUUCUCUUAUCCUCUUGGAAGGAUUUGAUCAAUGGUGUGUUAAAGGAAGAACUGGUGACUUGGCGUUGUUGGAUCUGGUUCUGUCUCGACUCUGAAUAUCGGUACGUUGUGUGUUCCUGCCAUAUCAGUGUGUUUGGAGUGGAGUCCAGGACUUGGAGUUGAGCAACAUGUGAGCUUCCGUGGUCUCUGAUGAAGACCAAUCUCUUUUGGACUGUCCCAGUUCAGUGCCUGUUGCCUGUAACCCUUCAGCAACUCCUUGAUAAGAGCCCAAAUGGAGACAUCGAGGUUGAUUUGGAGGUUCAGAGACUAAAAGGAACCGAGCAGCGUCAUCUGAAGGGGACAGGAAGGGUGUAGCUUAGUAAUGAUGUCUUGUCUGCUUUAAAGUAAGAAGCUGACUUCACACUGUGUUAGUUUAAAUUGUUGCAUUUAUAGCUGUGGGGUUUUUUUCCCUCCUUGACAAACCCUCAUCACCAAUUCCAGAGAUGCCACACACGUUUUCCCGGCCAUCCCUGAUAAACUCCCUUGGGAGUGGCUGCAAUGACCCCGAGCUCAGAAGGUUCCUGCUGUCCCCUCCUCUGCAACAUCCCCAAGCAACCAGGGGACACCAUGUGUUUGGGUUGAGCAGCAAAAAGAACACGAGGGGAGAGAAACUGUGGCUGUGGUUGGCCGUGUGUUGCAAGGCAGAACCUUAGGAAGAGCAAGGGCACAGCUCACAUCGCAGUUCUAAACGUAGAUUAGCCACCAAGUUUCUGAUGCAGUGAGUGAGUAGAAAACCAAGUAGUUUAGAACCUUUUCUGCCUCAACAAAAAUGAUCUUUUUGCUACAGCAGUAACCUCCAAAUGACUGGAACAUCAUCCAGAAAUGCCAACUGUGUUGGUGAAGAUCAGCCAUCCUUGGAUUUCUGUGUGAUUGCAAGAAGACAUCCCCCAACCCCUCCAAUUCUGCUUUUGUGCCCAAAGAACACUGUGUUGGCACCUGGCCUGGUGGGGAUGGGCUGAAGCUGAAGAACCCUUUGAAGAGCUGUGAGGUACCAUAAGGCAGCAGCCAUGCAGCUGGUGGUGAAGUGUGACCAAUUUAGUGUGUGUUUGGCAAAGCCUGGCAGCGGUGCUUGUACAGUGCUUGAAAGUUGUAAACUGCUGUAUAAUUCCUGGUCAGUCUGACAAGGUCUGAGCUGUGCUGACUUCUCUGCUAGACAGAGCCAUGUACUAUUAAAGAGAGUUGGCAGUUCCUUCCUGUGGUAAAACCUUUCCCCCACCACCUCCCCAUCUUUGUUCCCUCUGUGUCUUUUAAAGAAGUGAUCUGGUUGGUUGUGGGAGCCUCUGAAAUCCUCCUGGUGUUUGGGGAGGUAAAAAAAAAGUUGCCUUUUAAAAGUAGUUCUGAAGUGAUGGGGAAAAGUCACUUUCAGCAUCAGACUGGGUGAUUUUUUUUUGGGGGUGGAGGGGGCAUUGGAUGGAUUUCUGAUACAACAAGUCCUUCUACAUCCCAUCCAACACAAGAACUCCCUUCCUUCCUCCUCCUCCUCGCUUCCCAUCCUCCUGGCUUCAUCCUCAUCCUCCAGCUCUAGCACUUUGAUCCUAUAUUCACCUCUGUUUAACUCUUGUCGGGUUUGAAUCUUGCAUGGAAGCUCUGUCUUGCCUAACUGUGACUUCCUGGUGCCUUAGUGCAUUGAAAACAACAACAACAAAAGGUUCCAAAAAGCCAAACCCUGGGUUUUUUGCUGCCUGCACUCUUUGUAUGACACCCAGCUCCUCUGGCUUCCAACUCUUGUUACCAAGUGACUGAGAUUUAAAGACCCUCAGGGGGUUUUGUAUAAACCUGCAUCCUGCUCUUUUUAUUGUGUCUCUUACCAAUGUGUACUAAAAGUUGGGGCUUUUUAAUGAAAACUUGUCAGAGAUCAGAGUUUUGGGGGUGUUUUUUUCUUUAGGUUUAGUACAUCUGUUGUCAAAAGUGUUGUUGAUCUCAAGGGAUGCAAGUCCCUCUGUUAAACAGUGCUGAAGCUCCUGCCCACUGUGAGCAGUUGGAUCUGAGUUCUGGGUAACUUCAGAGUAUAAAAAAGUUGGGCACUGCCUUUUUUUCCUAACAUAUAAAUCCACUAGUGACUGAUGCCCAGGGAUACUAACAUCUCUUUUAGGUGAAUGCUUGAUCUCAUGUGGUCACUUUAUCAUUUUAGGAGAGAAGUAAUACCAACAACUACAUGAGAGUUAGAAAAAACCAUUGAAAAUAAGGGUGGAUUUGGGCCAUGUGCUGCAAAUUCAUGGCUGAGGGGACAGGAAUGGUGCCUGAGCAGCUAAGUGGGAUGUAUUUGAUGGGAUGGUUGGCUCCUGGAGGUCACUGGCUUGGUUGAUUUUUGUUGGCAUAUCUUCAGUAAGAUAACCCUGUCACCUUGAGCUUUCAAGAGGUUUGCUGCUUCUGUCCUCAAAGGUUGAGAGCGUUGGGUGUGAGGCUGGAGGUGACCUCCCAGGCCCCUUCCAACUUGAGGCUGGCAUGAGGCUGUGGCUGGAAGGUUUGGUUUUGUAUGAAGCUGAAAAGCCCUUAAUAAAGCCACUGGAGUUUGCAAGCAGGUGCAAAGGGGUUUUUGCCAGACCCUGCCACCACAUUGUGCCAUGAAGAACAAUGGGAUGGAGAUCAGAGCUGGAGGGAGGAAGGGAGCUGCCUGGCCCCUCAGCUUAGCCUGAACCUGCCCUGGGGUGAAACUCUACCAGAGGAGUAUGUAAGGUGAGCAGAGGUGGUUUUGAUGCAUUUCCCUGGAAGAGGAUGAGCAUUUAGAAUCCUUUGAGCUGUGUUAGUGCUGAGUUUUCUCUUUACAAAUGACUUCUUUGCCUUGGCAAGACACACUGCUGGCAACUCCCUGGGUCAGGGCUGGGAUGCCAGUCCCAGCACCUCCUGGCUGGUGGAUACCAAGGUGCCAGGCUGGUGGUGAGCUCCAGAGGCACAGAGUUGUUGGUGUUGUACCCAUGGCCCUGAAUGGGGAGGGCUGGGAGGUUUGGAGUUGAAUUGCCUGGCAAGUGAGUCUCCUUCCCUCCCCAGAAAGUCUCCUUCCCUCCCCAGCACGUGCCUUACGCAGCAGUUUGGGUGUCAGGGUUUGAACUGUUUCCUGUGAGGUCAAUUUUGAACAUCUUAAACCUUGUCCUAUGUAGUUCUCACAGCUUGAACUCCAAACCUUCGAUCUUUCUGUAGCUCCUUGACACUGGCCUUGAGAGCAAAGACUAAACAGGAGCCUUGGGUUAUUUUCUGGCGCUGCAGCUAUCAGCUCUGCUGCCACUUUUGCUUUGUCUGUGUUGCCACCAGCUUCAUGUUUUGCUUUUGAAGCCUUUUGUUUUUUCAAGAGCUCCAUAUUGAUAAGAGGGGAGUGAUUUUGUUUUCCUGGGUUUUCCUGGGUUUUCCGUCAGCCUGGCAGUGAAGGAUCUGUGCCACAUGCUGUGACCUGGGGAUUCAGCUGAUCUCUGCGUGUCAGGUUGUGUCUUGUGUUUUUUCUGGUGUGCACCACAGAGUGGGAAAGGGUUUUAUGUACCUGGGAGUAGCUGAGGGUAUUUUUAGGAGCAGUGCAGCUCAUGUCUCUGCACCCUGACAGCAGCCAACGUGGCCUUAGGGUCUCAUCUCCCAGCUGAUCCAGGAUGGUUUUGGCUGGGAAUUGUCCAAAAAGGCUGAGUCAGCAGGGUAGCAGGUGGGCUGGCUGGGUUGUGUCCAUCCUGCAGUAAAUGACUUGCUGUCACAGCAUCUCAGAGCUCCUCCCCAAGCAGAGCUGUGUUUGGUAUCAAAGGUGUGUGUCACCUUGAGGGUUUCAGGUCAGGGAGGAGACAGGACUUGUAGAACCUCAUCUGGUUUUUUAACUCCUGAAGAGAGGAGUUGGGGGUAAAAAAGCAUCAUCUCAGUAUUGAAAAGGCUGAAGCUGUCCUGCAGGGAAGGAAUAUCCUGAACUGAAAGAAGGGAGUGAAUGCCAGUCCUUCAGAUUCCCCUCAGCACUGAGGUUUGGGUUGUGUAGGUCAAACUUGCCCAGUGUGUCUCCAGAUGUGAGGAACUGAGGCUCCCUGGGUGUGGGAGUUCAGGGUUGGGUUGCUCUAGGAGUUUCAGAUGAAGUCUUACUGGCAGCCUUAAUGCUUUUUGAGGGAAGUUGGUGCCCAGCAGCGUGGUUAGAACUUGUCCCUGUUUCGAUUUAGGCUGUUUUUCACACGGUUGGGUGCCAGGGGGUGAGUGGGCAUGCCUGGGGGGCAGUGGUUGCCAAGGGGGUUUUCCUCUGGCCCACUCCGUCCCUGUCCCUGCUCUCCUUGGCAGUGUUUGGAGGUGAGAGGUGGCCCCAUUCCUCUGCUCACUUUAGAGGAAGAUGAAGCAGCUCUACAGCUGCCUUAUGCCCAAGGAUGGUCACUUGUGCUCUAACUCUGCUUUUCAUUUCCUCUCCUUCAUGACUGAAGCAAACUUUCUUUGCCUGGUGACUACCAGGAGGACAUUUCAUGUUGCCUCAGUGAAGCAGCCGAGCUCCAUGAACAUCCCCAGGCAGCUGUGUCACCCUGCAGCCCCUGGCAUGUUCCUCUUACACACAGAGGGUUUUUUAUGAGAUGUGGACAAUACCAGAUGGUCUAAGAGGUCAAAUACUCAUGAAAAGAGGGGAAGGGCAUGGAGGUGUGUGCUGGCCUGGCUGGCUCCUUCCCACCAAGGGCUCUGUGGCCUGAUGGGGGGUGGCUGGGCUGAGCUGAGUCACAGCAGGGCCUGUGCUGCACUUGUGCUCUUUCCUCAACACAUUUGUUCCAUGUUAUUCAGCACAUUAAUCAGCUUUAUUGGGUGGUUUUAGUCUGAGCAAGAGUCUGAGCACUCCUCAGAGCUCUCUGCUGCCUGCACCCACUCCUACCCCCCCAGUCCAUUCAGCACACCCAACCCCAGGCUGCUUUGGGGGGGGUCUUUUUAUUUGGCAACGUGGCAUCAAGCUUGUUGAGUCUCUAUUUUACUUCCAGCCUGUCUCUGCAACUUGAAUCUUUCUUCUUUAUCAAAAAUGCUGUGUGGUGGGCUUGGGAGAAGGUGUUUUUUCUGGAGGGGGAGGGGGGCUGCCCUGCUGGAGUGACUGUAAAUAUGCUGGUAGUGGGAUGUCAUGGCCAUGGGAUUUCUUCUCUUGGGUUGGUUUAUUUUUGGCAUUUAUUUUUAAACUAUUCCAUGUUUGAUACUGUGUACAAUAAAUUUGCAGAAUUUA